CACAUCCAGUGGUGUUUGCGCAUGCUCCAGCUCUCGCUGUUUUGGGUGUGUGUAAAUAAAUAAAUAACCGAGUCAAGUGCAAAGAGCCUAUUAUACAAGUGCCACUGGUGGAAUUCAGAUGUGUGUGAGAACUAAAAGAUGAAGGUCGUACUGUACGUGUGUUUCAUCUUAUUUGUUACGGAUGGGGCAACUGGACAGACGUCAGACCCUGUCUGUGUGAAUAUUGGCGACUUUAAUGAAUGCAACACCGGCAAUGGGAAGUGUGAUGAGAAAAUAAGCAAAUGUAUCUGUUUCGAGGAACAACCAUUCUGCCGGUGCAACAGUAAAAAAGGUGAGUUUUACAUUGAUGAAAACUGUUCUCAGAGAUGGACAGUAACAACCUUUGCCCUGGUGGCAUCUCUGCCUGGUCUCACACUCGCUGUGUUGGUGGGGGUGAUUGUUUACGUGCUGAUGCUGUCAUCCCAAAACAGCCACACAGGUGAAGAAAUGACGACACACAAUACAGCUUCUAGAGAGCAGGACUUGUUCCCUGGAAUUACUUUUGCUUCUGAUAUGAAUGGUCGACCUCCCGCUAACCUGAGACCUGUACAACAAGAUCACACUCCCAUGACAGCCAUGUCCAGCCGGCCCUAUAGUCCAUCCAGUAGUGUGUAUCAAUCUGCUGUCAAGACUGAUGGAAGACCCCGUGAGACAAACAGCAUGUACAAUGGUAUGCGUGAUCCUCCAAUGGGAGCUCCUGUACAGCCCUACAGCACUGGUGCAGGUCGGGGUCAGAUUGUUAGCAACCCUUAUGCUAGAGAUCCAUCCAGCCAAAACCCCUAUGAAGGAGACCACCAGGAUUACAGACCACAAGCCCCUUCACACACAUAUGAAGACCUGCAGACACAGAAUCGGCCCUAUGCUCCUGCUCCUGCUCCACUCUACAGUUCUGAGCAUGGAAACCUCCGCAAUGGAUUUCCACGUCCCCAAUUAAACCUACAAUACUAGAACUUUUUUUUUCCUUUACAUCUUCUGAGCUUUAUUGGAGCUGAUCAAUUUUGUAAUUAUUUGUUGAGUUAAAUGCAUUCUGUAGCUCUUAUAUAUUAAUUAUUUAAGUUAACAUAUAUUCAUUUAGCAGAUGCUUUUAUCCAAUGUGACUAAUAAAUGAGAAAUACAACAUACGAUUUAUCUCGUUUCAAACAUCGUCAAACAUAGUAGUACAUGCUAGAACAGAGAGGUAGUAAGAAAUAGUGAAAGCAUAGAAAAGUUUAGUUGUUGUCUGAUAAUAAAACAAAAUCUUCCAAG